CCUGGAAGAGCGUGUGUUUGUUUAACGUCAUUGGAUGCGGAUGGCUCUACUUCUUCUCACUAACAUUCACAUGGCACCAUAACAAUAAAACAUUCCAUUUUUCAUCCCUUGUUGUUACAACUUCGACUCUCGACGCUCAAGCCAUUUUGCACUAACUCAGGAUCAGGAUCCUCCACCAUUCCCUUUCAUUUGAUUUUUCCUCAUAACUCAAAAGUCAAGGAUUUAGAAGAUCCUAAGUAGGUUGAAGCCAUGGUUCAGGACUCCAUUUUGCCCUCUUCUCGUAUGAGGCAUUCACCAUCUAUGAGGAGACAGCAGUAUAUGAGGAAUGAACUGGGUAGUUGGUCAACACUCUUGCGGAGGCACCGCUACCUCUUAUGUGCUCUUGCUCUGCUAGUUAGCCUCUGUACUGUUUAUCUUUUCUUUGCUGUCACUUUAGGGACUAGAGACCCUUGCUUUGGGUUGAGUGAAUCUCAGAGAGCUUCUUGUAAUAUGGAGCAGAUUAAGGGUAAAGUAAAAUAUAUGAAACAUUUCUGAUUUCGAUGUAAGUUAUGAUGGAGAGUUUUUGUUUUCCCUUUCAAAUUUAGGUGACACCAUGAAAACUUUGGCUAAGUAUAUACAUACUGUUUAUCUUGGUAUUUAUGAGCCAAAAUGUACAAUGUUUGUAGAAAGCAAUUUCUUCAUUGCUAACUUUGGUGAUUGUAUUCUUGUGGCUAGCUAAUACAAGCAUCUU